AUGACUAUUCAUUUCUUCUAUUUUCAUUAUGUUAUUCCAGCAAUAUCAACUUAUUUUACAUGGUGGACAUUUUUAGCCUAUAGUCUUAGUUCAAUCUGUGAAUUUCUUACGGCUAUCAUCUCUAUACAACGACAUAUACUUAUAUUUCAACCAAAUUUAUUACAAAUACGUUUAAGACGUUAUAUUUUGUAUUAUUCACCUCUUCUACUAUGUAUUAUAUAUCCAAUCAUAUUCUAUAUGUUUGCUAUUAUUUUUUAUCCUUGUGAUGGUACUCAAUGGAUUUUUACAGAAAAUGGUUGUGGUUUCGCAAAUUGUUACUUUAUCUAUGAUAAGGUCUUAAGUACAUUUGAUUGGUUAGUAAAUAAUGGUUUGCCGAUUGUUAUUAUUCUUGUAGCUAAUAUUGCACUUGUAGUGCGAGUUAUUAAAGAAAAAUAUCAACGACAACAAAUCAUUACUUGGCGAAAACAACGACGAUUGACUUUACAACUAAUGGGUGUUUCAAGUCUUUUUUUAAUAGCAUGGCUACCUAGUCUUAUUAUUGCAUUAGUUCAACAAUUGAUUUCACCCGAAUUUGCACUUCAGAUUCAAUUAGAUUAUAUAACAGAACUUAUUUAUCUGCUAUAUCUUUUAUUACCUUGGAUAUGUCUUGGUUUAUUACCAGAAUGUGUUAAAUGGAUUUCAAAGAAAUUGUCUGCUAGAAGAAUAGUCAUAAAUAUUGUUAGACCAAUUACCAUUCAUAAUGGAAUAUAA